CGCGAGAAGAUCUUCCAUACAUAAUAAGUGUCUUAUUAAUAUUUUAAAAAUUUAAAUAAAGUUGAAGUAGAAUAGAAUAGAAAUUUAAAUAAAAUGCAUUAAACACUGUUUGCACAUUAAACUCAAAAUUAUAUCUAUUUAAAAUUAACGAUAUUUUUAAUAUCCAUUUGUGAAAAGAAUCUAACCUAUCCUUAUAUCAGUCAAUUUACUGUCAUUUUCAGAGAUGAAAAAUCAAUUCAUCAUAUUAAGCAGUUAAAAGUCAUAUUUAAUGCUUAAUGCGAUGUGUGCGACAAAAUUUUUCAAUGAAUAAAUCCUAUUUAUUGUAUUGUUUUAGUUAUAAAAUAUGUAAUAUGUAAAUGUAAGUCUGUGACAUAAACAUUUCAUUUUUUUAUAAAAUAUCUAUUUAUCAAGUAAGACGAGACUUUCGAUAAUUUAAAAUUAAAAAUGACGAAUCAAGAAAGCCAAAUUGAUGCAGAUCUAAAUCUUUAUUUUAUUAUAUCAAAUGAACACAAAUCUGAAGAUGAUUGUGGUGAAGAUAUGUGGCAUGCAUACAAUAAAUGCUGUGAACAUGAUUUGCAACCAAUAUGGAUCAAUGAAAAAGAAUGUAGUAAAAUGAAACCUGACAAAAAUGAUGUCUUUGUAAUGGAAAAAUUUGAAGGUGACACAUUUAAUAAAUUAAAAACUUUUAAAUGUCUCAUAGUUGGACCAAAAUGUUUGUUAUUUUGUUUCAUUAAUGGAGAAUCAGUCCCAGAUGGAACAAGUCCAGUGUUUACGACAGUAAUGAGAGGUCUUUGUAUAUGUGCUUCUGGAUUAUCUUCAGAAGAAAAGAAUCAUGUUCAAAAAUUAAUAGAAUAUAUGGGAGGAAUUUUUACAAGACAGUUACGUAGUAGUGUAACACAUCUUGUAACAUCAUCUGUCAUGUCUGCUAAAUACGAGACAGCACUAGAUAUGAAAAUACCUAUAGUUACAAAAGAAUGGGUUGAAGCAAUUUGGGAAGAGAAUUUAAAAAGCUUUGUCACACCAAAUGACAGCAUGUUUAAUAAAUAUAAAGCUUCUGUAUUUCUUAACUUAGUUGUAACAUCAACAAAUCUUCCAAAACGUCAAAAGGAAGAAAUUAAACGUUUAAUUAAUAGUAAUGGAGGGAUAUUUAUGGGUCCUCUAGAUGGUACAAAAGUUAAUGUUGUACUUGCACCAGAAAAUAGCGUAAUAAGUGAAAAACUCAAAUAUGCAAAACAAGCAAACAUUGCUUGUUUAACACCAGAUUGGGUAUAUGAGAGCAUAAAAGUUGGCUAUGCCUUACCUUUUAAAGACUAUCUAAUUAAAUCAUUAAAGGCAUCUUCUACUCCGGAAAAAUUAAACGUAUGUCCAAGCUUUAAUUGUUCUGCGAUAAGUUCCAUAACGUGUGAUAUUCAGCAAGAACAUUAUAUAAAUGAAAGCUCAGUAACAACAAUAAACAAUGCUUCUACUUUGGAUCAUUUAUGCAACAAUGCUUCUAUUGAUUUAUCUAGCUGGAUUCGCUUCUAAUCAAAGGGAUAAACUUAACAAAAUAUUGAAUGUUGGUAGUGCAACACGACUGGAUGAUAUAACUGAUGCUCUAACGCACGUUAUCGUCGGAGACGAAAAUAGAGCAGCUAAUGAACUAAAAUUAAUGAAAUCAAAAGGAUUAUGUCCAUAUAUAUUAACAUUGGAAUGGUUGGAAGAAAGUGUCAAAUUAAAACGACCUGCGCCAGAAGAAAAUUUCUUAUGUGAACAAAAAUAUAAUGCAGUUCAAAAAGUUACAGAACCUCCGUCUCCGUUGAGUAAGAAGAACUUACAAAUGCUACAAAAACCGAAGAAAGUCUCUGUACCAUCAUUUGACAUAGAUCGAAAGUUGGCAAUGUUAGAAAAAGAAAAAGAAAAAGAAUCAUCUGAUCUUCUUCAACAGUAUCUACAAAAUACAGUUGUUGAAACAAAUGAUAAAACCAUACAAGAAUUUUUAAAACCGCAUUCACCUAUUUCGGAUAAAAAUAAUGAUAAAACUAUAAUUGAUGAAAGAAAAAGUCAAGGAAAAUAUUUGAAAGAAUCUGUAACACCUGUACAAGACAGAUAUUCAACAAAUGAUAGUGAAAUACCAAUUAGUCAAAGCUCUACUUUAAAUGAUAAACUAUUUGAAGGCCUGACAUUUGUUGUAACUGGCUUCAGUGAAGAAGAUGGUUUUGUAGCUGAAACUAUAGCAACAAUGAAUGGAAAAGUAGUUUCAACCACGUUUGCUGGUAUUCCAGAUUAUGGUGUUGUGCCAAAAUGUGGCGCACCUUUAAAACAUACAGUAAAUGAAAUUGUUACUGAUUUGUUUAUUGAGGAUUGUGUAAAUCAGCAACAAAUAGUUGAAAUUAUGUAUUAUCAUAAACCUCUAUGUAUAAAGAAGCAUUCUAAUCCAUUAUCAGACUGUGUCAUUACAAUGAGUACAUAUGUUGGAGCAGAACGAACGUAUCUUGUAACAUUAGCUGCGGAAUUGGGUGCCAUGUGUCAAGAUAUUUUUGUUCGUAAAACUAAUCUUGAAAAAAAUAUAUAUGGAAGUACACAUUUAGUUUGUCCAACACCGGAAGGAAACAAAUAUAAUGCUGCAGUGAAGUGGAAAUUACCAGCUGUUACUGCAGAAUGGUUAAAAACUUGUGUAGCUCAAUUAAAACGCGUUGACGAAACACCAUUUCUUGUGGGAGAAACUAUAGCUCCUGAAAGACUAACUGAAAUUAAUGAAGCAGGCGUAAGUUUACUUAAAACUAAUUCAAAUCAAGUGGAUCCUCAAACUGAAUCAGCAAUUAGGAACAUUAUUACUCCAAAACGGCAUUUAGUCAAUUUACAAAAUCAAAAUAGCAAUUCCAGCGAUACACCGUUAAUAAAUAAAAGACUUAGUUUAUUUAUGAACAAAACUCCUCAAUCAUCACCGUUUCAUGUGGCUACACCAGAAACGCCAUAUGGUCAAGUAUUUAAGCCCAAUCCUUCGCCAGAUACAAGAAAGGGUUGGAUAAAAUGGGUUGAAAAUCUUCCAGAUUUAAGAGUAGAAGAACCUCCUUUGAAGAAAAGAGCACUUAGUACACAGAAUAAUGCAGAAGAGACGUUAUCUGCUGACAAUGAUCAGUCAGUAACAACACCAGAAGCAACAAUAAAUGAUAGUAAAGUAAUCGCUACUACUACUCCCAUUAGCAGAAAAUUAGAAUUCACGAAUGAAGAUAAUCUGCUGCCAAAUAAUGAAAUUAACAUGCAAAUUGCACAAUUGGAUCAAGUACUUCAAAGAGCGUCAAGUACUCCCGAAAAUAGGUACUCUCUUUCCGGAGAAAAUGUAAACACAUAUAAUGCCGAAUCUGCCGAUCCCAUACAAAAAUUUGACAAUGCGUGAAGAACAAAAUGAAAGUAUAGCACACGAAGAACAUACUAUAAACAAUGAUGAAGAAUUCUUAGAAAAAGAAACUGAGCCGAAAAAAAAGAAACCAAAAUUCAUGCUAUCGCGCGUAAAGGAUAAAAUAACAUAUGAACAAGUGAUAAAAGAUCUUGGUGGUGAUGUAUCCUUAGAUACUAGCUUCGAUACAAGUGCAACGCAUUUACUUUGCAUUAGGUUGUCAAGAAAUGAAAAAAUGCUUGGGAGUAUAGCAUCUGGAAAAUGGGUUCUGCAUUGCAUUUAUUUGCGAGACUGUGAACGAGAAGGAAAAUUUCUUGAUGAAGAAAAAUAUGAGUGGGGAAAUCCAAAAAGUAAAGGCAUCAUACCAGAUCCAACUGGCGAAGUUGAAGAAACAAUCGCAGCAGCUGCAUAUAAAUGGAGGCUUAGAUUAUUAAAAGAACCGAACGGACCAUUUUACAAUAUGGUUGCUUUAUUAUUAGUUUCUGGGGAUAAACACGAUCAGUUUAAAAGAUUAAUUGAAGCUGGAAGUGGUAAAGUUGUUCGAGCACGACCACCAUAUGAUACAAGUCCGACUGGAAAAAAGAUUACUCAUUGUUUCGUGAAUGUAAAACAAGUUAGUCAACCGAUUGAUUGGGCAAUGCUAGCUAGUAAAGGUAUUCUCUGCUUUAUGCCACAAUAUUUGAGCGAUUAUCUUACUGCACAAACCUCAUUAAAUCCACGAGAAUGUGUAAUUCCAGAAUUUAAAAAAUAUUUCAUAUUUUGGAAGGCAUCAUAAGUCCAUCCAUGCUCCUUCAAUUUCUCAUGAAUUUCUUCUCGAGCUCGCUUCUGAAUCUCGGGUUGUUUAGCAAGUUCGUAAAGAAAUUGCAUCGUUUUGGGAUCGAACGAAUUUACUUGAAUUCCAAAAGCAACGGAAGAUAUAAUAUCAGUCGUGUACCUCAGAGCAACAUCUUUCAUUUCUAUACUUCUUGUCUUCACAUCUAUCUCCAUUCUGGAUUGUGGAUCGUGAAGAGAUUAGAGCUACCAAUUUUAUCACGAAUCGAUUGGGCCGUGAAAUAACGAUCCGGAAAGUAAUUGAAAUCUUUGAUUAAAAUCUGUUUGAUCAAUUCUGCAUUUCUCAAUAGUAAGAAUGGCUUGUGUAGAAUAUAAAUUCCAAGAAUAUCAUCGUUAUUAGAAGCUUUCUGGUGUAAUUCACCAAUCACCAAGCCGGGAGACUUUUUCGAUUGUAUUAUAUCUUUUGCAUUACCAAACAGCCAAUGGCUAGAUAAAGUAGGUACACCUCUUCUUUGCCAAUAGGUACGCUUAUAUUGUAGGUAUAAAAACAGAAACGUCCCAAGGGUGAUCACCGUAAAAAGAAGAUCCACAAACCGAAAGUUUAGCAUUACCAUGAUUUUAAAAGUCAAUAUUUCUUCAGCUCUUCUGAGAUACUGAUUAAAUGCGUCUCGAAUCCGUCUUAUAUGAAUGUGCUCAUUACAUAAGUUAUCCGUGAAAAAUGUUUACCGAUAAUUCAUAUUGACGACAAUAAUAUGAUAGUUAGAAUUAAAUUUGCUGAAAGUAAAUAUAAAAGAGUAAAAGAGCAAUUCUUAAUAUUAAAUAUUAUUAUAAUAUUAAAUCAUUAGGAUCUUGCCGAAAGAAUAUUAAUAAAGAAGUUUGUUUAUCUAAUUUUUAACACUUGCACGACAAUAUUGCGUAAACGUAAUUAUCA